AUGGACACCUUUCGGAUAUUUCUGUUGGUUUCCAUGGGGCCGAUGGCACUUCGGGGACUUGUGGAGUUUAAUAAUGUGCAUUGCGUGGUACGGGACAGAAAGUUCAUGGACUUUGAAUAUUGCUACCUAAAGUCGGUCAAUCGCACCUACAAGUACCUUUCGGUAAAAACCAAACUUUUCCAGCUACCCAUCGAGACUUGCGUGACCAGGUUUCAGUUGAGGAUGCGCGAGAACAAGCGGAUCCUGUACAACUUUGACAUCAAGGUGGAUGCCUGCAAGUUCCUCCGGGACCCCGAUAAGCACGUACUGGUCAACUGGGUCUACCAGACUUUCGCGCCCUUCUCGAACAUGAACCACACCUGUCCCUACACACAUGACAUCAUGAUCGACAGGUUGCCGGUGCAUCACGUGAACAAGCUGGUCCAGAAGAUCAUUCCCGAUGGCAGAUACUUUAUGAACACAACCUGGAUAACUGAUGGAAUCACUCGCGCCGACGUCAUUCUCUACGUAACCAAAGCCUGA